AUGCAUGCUCCCGGAUCUGGUUUUGAGCCGUUAAUCUUUGAUGCCAACUUCGCCACCUCUGCACCUAACCACGUCUCUACACCAGUUCACCGUCCCUUAUCUAAAUGUCAAUUCAAUUUAUCCGCCACUAAGCGAAAGAUAGACCACAACCAAUCGUUUCCGCCGACGGAACCAUUUAUUGAUGAGGUUAAGAAUCCUUCUUCAAAACGACCUCGCAUCUCGAUAAGAAACAGUCCGCGUAGAAGCAACCUAUCUCGCUCAUAUUCCGAGGUGAAAUCUUCUCUGGGACCUGGAUUUUGUCCAUCCUUACCCUCUCCCACACAGCCUACAUUAAAUGUCGGAUCAACUUCCUCAUUUUGCUCUUUGCGGAAUUCUGCCUCUCAUCUGAAAUCCGCUAUGACUUGUUCGGUCUCUUUCAAGACAGCAUCUGAAUUUUCAAAUACCUCGUUCCAUGAGCCCAAG